GCCGCAUCCCCGCUCCUCCCGCCAGCCACAGCCGGCUCUAAGAUGCCCCGCUAUGAACUGGCUUUGAUCCUGAAAGCCAUGCAGAGGGGUUGGUACAGUAGGCCUCACUAAACUUAGCUGCAACUAAGAAUUUCUCCUACAUCAACUGAGUUAAGGCUGAUGCUCUUGUGGAAUGUGGAUUAAAAGUGCGUGCUAAGUUCCAAAUUUCCAUUUGAGAAGCGGAGAAAGUAAAUGUACCACAACCACCAGCAUCAGGACAGCAAACCAAGGGACAAAGAAUUUGAUCCACAGUGUUGAUAUAUGUUAACUGGUUCACGUGUUGCUUAAAAGACGUUUGCUGGGGGGCGAGAAGUGGACGUCAGCUGUGCGAAGUCAUUUUGUUUACCAAAAUGAGGGCUUCUUUGGAAACAGCAGACAUUGCCAUUGUGGCACUGUACUUCGUGCUUGUAAUGUGCAUAGGUUUUUUUGCCAUGUGGAAAUACAAUCGAAGCACCGUAAGUGGCUACUUUUUGGCAGGGCGUUCCAUGACCUGGGUAGCUAUUGGUGCAUCUUUGUUUGUGAGCAAUAUUGGAAGUGAACAUUUCAUUGGGCUCGCAGGAUCUGGAGCGGCGAGUGGAUUUGCAGUAGGUGCGUGGGAAUUCAACGCCUUAAUGCUUUUGCAGCUUUUAGGAUGGGUCUUCGUCCCAGUCUACAUCCGGUCGGGAGUAUACACCAUGCCUGAAUACUUGUCCAAGCGUUUUGGAGGGCAUAGAAUUCAAAUAUAUUUUGCAGCGUUGUCUCUUAUUCUUUAUAUCUUCACCAAACUCUCAGUUGACUUGUAUUCAGGGGCACUUUUUAUUCAAGAAUCGCUAGGUUGGAACCUCUAUUUGUCAGUUAUCCUCCUUAUUGGAAUGACUGCACUGUUGACUGUGACUGGAGGUCUUGUGGCUGUUAUCUACACAGACACCCUUCAAGCUCUGCUUAUGAUUAUUGGUGCCCUCACACUUAUGAUCAUAAGUAUUACGGAGGUUGGUGGGUUUGAAGAAGUUAAAAGAAGGUACAUGUUAGCGUCACCAAAUAUUACAUCUAUCUUGUUAACCUACAACAUUUCCAAUACCAAUUCCUGCAACGUCGACCCAAAGCCUGAUGCUCUUAAAAUGUUGCGCGAGCCAACAGAUGAAGAUAUUCCCUGGCCUGGAUUUCUGUUGGGACAGACUCCAGCUUCUGUUUGGUACUGGUGUGCCGAUCAAGUCAUAGUUCAGAGAGUUUUAGCUGCAAAAAACAUUGCUCAUGCCAAAGGAUCCACUCUGAUGGCAGGCUUCUUAAAGUUACUGCCGAUGUUUAUUAUAGUUGUCCCGGGGAUGAUUUCACGAAUACUGUUUGCAGAUGAUAUCGCCUGCAUUAAUCCAGAACACUGUUUUCAAGUCUGCGGCAGCAGAGCUGGAUGCUCUAACAUUGCCUACCCACGUUUGGUGAUGAAACUUGUGCCGGUUGGUCUGCGGGGACUGAUGAUGGCCGUGAUGAUCGCUGCACUGAUGAGUGACUUGGACUCGAUAUUCAACAGUGCCAGCACCAUAUUCACACUUGAUGUCUACAAACUCAUUCGGAAGAGCGCGACAUCUAGAGAACUGAUGAUUGUAGGAAGAGUCUUUGUUGCGUUCAUGGUAGUUAUAAGCAUUGCCUGGGUCCCGAUAAUUGUAGAAAUGCAAGGUGGUCAGAUGUACCUUUAUAUUCAAGAGGUGGCAGACUACUUGACCCCACCGGUGGCUGCUCUCUUUCUUAUGGGGAUCUUUUGGAAGCGUUGCAAUGAGCAGGGGGCUUUCUAUGGCGGAAUGGCUGGGUUUGUUCUUGGAGCGAUACGGUUGAUACUGGCGUUUAUCUAUCGUGCUCCCGAGUGUAACCAGCCAGAUACUAGGCCAAGCUUUAUCAAAAACAUCCAUUACAUGUAUGUUGCAACAGCUCUUUUCUGGAUUACUGGGAUUGUGACGUUUGUAGUGAGCCUUCUCACGCCUCCGCCUACAAAGGAGCAGGUUCGGACGACGACUUUCUGGGCUGUGAAAAACAGGAAGGUAAAAGAGAACGCUGCAAAGGGGGAGCUGUACAAAGUACAAGAAAAAAGCAUCCUCAAGUGCAAUGAAAACGCUAACCAUAUCAUUCCAAAUGGCAAAUCGGAAGAAAAUCUUAAAAAUCUUAAGCCUGAGGAUAUCAAUCUCCUGGUUACUUGCAGAGAUGACAGCAACCCGGUGAUUUCUGUGAGUCACUCUGAAGUUGAGACACCAGUUGAUUGUUAUUCGAAUGGACAAGCGGCUUUGAUGGGAGAGAAAAAGCACGAGGAGGAGACUGAUGAUAGAGAGAGACAUUUGAAAUUCAUAGAUUGGUUCUGUGGCUUUAAAAGUAAAAGCAUGAACAAGAGAGCUGUUCGGGAGAUUGAGGAAGAGACUGUUUGUUUACAAAUGCUGGAAGAGACUCCAAAAGUUAAACUAUUACUAAAUACUGGACUGGUCUGUGUCUGUUCGCUUGGAAUAUUCAUGUUUGUCUAUUUCUCUUUGUGAGUGAAUAGUGAACUUUUAAGGGUAUGGCUAAACAUACAGAAGUUGAUACAGGUCUCUGGAGAUUGUUUUAUUUGUUGUUUUAUAUUUUUUUUGUCACUUUUUUUCUUUUCAAAUAACAUACUGCUAUCCAGGCAUUGUUUACGCUAUAAUUGUAAGACCAACUCAACUUUAGGCUAUUUUAAGACCAUCUGAGACAUGUUGUCCUAUCUCUGCUGAAGGCAGAAUGUAUUACGUGGUGUCUUUUUCUAUUUUCCCCAUCUGUCUUUCUUUUUUUCCAUCUGCAGUUCUAUCCUUUUGUUUUUCCACGUAUAUGUGUAUAAAUAUACCAAAGGCAGGCAGGUGGCUGUGUUUGAAGUUGGGCCGUUACAGAGAUCAGUCAGCAUGAAAUGAAGAGAACACAUAAUCAUUUACUGAUGUGUAAAAUUGAAAUGAUUAAAGCUGUAUCAACAAUUUUUAAAUGUAGGGCUGUGGUGCACAUUGCUGUGUAGUCUUUCUUUUUAACAUAGCUGUUUUACCUUGGCCAACUUAGUACUUUUUAAUUUUUUUUCACUGCUUCUAGUUGUUCGGGUUUUUUUCCAGUUUCUCAUUUCUCUUACAGCAACAGCACGAAGAUACUUUGUCUCAUCUUGUAGCACUGUAAACAUGAUAGCUGUUGGUAUCUUUCUAUCUUUUUUUUCUCUGUAAGAAAUUUUUUGUCUAUUUUAUCCACUCUAAAUUUAAUUACUUAAAAAUUGCUGUCUUAAAAAAAAAAAAAAGCCAAACCAAAACAACCCAAGAGCUGAUAAACUUGCAAUGGAGGGGAGAUGGGAAAAGGAAAAAAGAAGUAUUACAAAACCCAAAUGAAGAGUAUAUUGAAAUAGAAGAGCAUAUAUUCAGCCUCUUCAGUCUCCAAACUUCUGGACAUAAUUAGGGUUAGCCUCUUUUUAGAGCAAGAGCUGUACAUAGGUUCUACCAUGUGGGGAAAAAAAGACGUGAGACUGCAUGUCUUCAGCUUGAUAAGCACACUGAAAAAUAGCUGUUUCCCUCUGCUGUGUACAUCUAGAAGGAAAUACCCUGCAGUCCUGCCAUUUUUGCAUAUUGAGUCUGUAAGGGGAGAAAAACAACUGGGGAAGACAAGAAGAAAGGGAAGUGAGGGGAAAGAGGUAGAAAUGGUCCUUAUUUUUCACAGUCCUUUUGCCUCAUGUCUUCUUCCACUUCCCCUUUCAUCCUGUCAAACAUUCUUUCUUUAAGGAAUAACUCCUGAGGGAUUCUGUGUCAGGAGAUAAGAAGUGUGUACAGUCAUAAUCUGUGUCUGCCCUUAAAGAUUCUUCAAAACAGUGUGAAACUUUUCCCAGGUGAUCACAGAUGAUCAGCAGGUCUUGAGAUGCUGAGGUUCUUUUCUCCCAAAGGAUGGAUACCUGAGGCAAGGGAGGCCAUUUUCCAGGUGUGUGAACCUGGGUGUGUAGCAUGUCAGUGGAGCUCAGCAGAUCAAAAGGGUGCAGAGCUCGGUCCUCUUCCCCCUUCGUGAAGCAGUAGAAUGUGUUGCCAUCCUGGGUUCUCUCACCAUUAUGGUAAACCAAGUCAGGGCCAGUUUUCAGGUGUAGAGGCCAGCCAGCAGUGUGUGGCUGCACUUCUAGUAUUGAACUCCCCUAGCCUCUGGGACAAGAGUGAUCGUAUCCAGGUUUCCCAUGAAAAUAAUACCUCCAGUUGUUGUUGCUCCUGAGCUUGUCUUGGGAAUUAUUUGCGAGAGCACAAACCGGCUAGGCCAAAAACCCGUCUGAGGGACCAUGCUGACAAUUUAGCAGCACCCAUUCAAGGGUCCAGCAACGUUUCCUUGGCACAUGAACAAGAACCAGUCCCUGUGAGUGAAAUAGUUCUGUAGAGAUGAAAUUUGGGUUAAUCUUGCCUUUGACUGCUGGAGACAGUUUGCUUUCCGGUACAUUGGUGCUGUAAGCUGACAUACGUCCAAAUAGCUUUUAGUAGUAUGAUCCGUAACAUGUUUUCAGAUAAAAUUAUUACAUUCCCUUUUUUUGUGGUUUUUUUUGUUUGUUUGUUUUGGUGUUGCUUUUAAAUCAAUUGAAUCCCAUUUAUUCCAAGACUUUAAACAGUGACUCAGAUGUCUCACCUUUUUCUGCUUUCUUUAGUUGUUGCUGCUGGAAAGUAGACUACUCUUAACUGGAACUACAGUAACGAGUGCAGGAGUGGUGUUGUAAUACAUUUAGAGAGGAGAGUUACAAUACUUGAGUCCUGAUGUUAAUAACCAGUGUGACAGACACGUUUUCUUGUGGUUUGUGUAGUUGGGCUUUGUUAGGAAAAAUAACUUAAAUCUUUUGGGUUUUACCUUAAUGGUAAAAUUGUAGUAUGUGAAAUAUAUUAAUGGCAUCUCAAAUUACUUCAUCAGUGGGGUGAGUUGAGAAGGAUGGUACUAUAAGAAAGAUGUAAAACAUCUUUGAUUGAUUGAUUCAGUGCAGGAUAAAGUAAUCUAGGGCAAAAUUAGAUCUUAGUGGGAUGAAAAAAUAAAUACCUGUGGUGGGUAAAGAUAAGUCCCAGUCCAACAGUACCUUCUUGAAAAGGCUGAGAUCUGGUUAAUAUGCCUAAUUUGGCACAGGGAAAGAGACUAAUGUACCAGGCACUGUCCCUUAGUAACUUGGCAUGUCUUUCUAUUAGCUGCUGGUGCUUGGAUUUUCCAGACCAGUCCUCCUUGCUUUCAGUAUUAGCAAAUGUAUUGCCACCUAACCUGUGAAGCCAGGUUAGCUCAGGGACCCUUUUGCUUGGCUGCCAUUGCUUCAUCAGUGCUUGCUUUUUCCCCAGUGUGCCUUAUGUGGUGACGAAGCUAUAGGCCUGAAUUUUAUGGCCACCUGGAGAGUGGUUUGCUUAACAUGGCUUUUCCCAGCUUGUUUUUGUUCCUCUCUUAUCCGCUCAAGUAAUUUGCUAUUUAAAGAGAAUGUUGUUUGAAGAGUUAAUACACAGGAUGCCUGUAUCCUGUUUAGCAUAACUACAGUCACAUCCAUGGUGAAAUUAUCUUCCAGCUAGGGUAGGGAGUCACAGUCCUUUGCAGAUGUAGGGUGCAACCUUUGCCUGUUGAAUCUGAGAUACUUCCAUCUCCCAGUUCAUAUAUUCUCACUUCUUCUAAACUAACAAGUUGCUGCAUUAGCAGUCAGGAUCUUAUUAGAGUAAUUAUUUGAAUCCCCCCAUCUUUAGACCUGUUCUUGUGAAGCAGUCUUAAGGCAUAUUAUUUCUCCAGUGCUUUUUCUCUUCACUUGUUUAAAAAUGUGUUUCUAUAAUACUUUCUGCCUAAUGCUGGCCUCUUCAGUCAUAUUCUGUUUUCAUGUCCUAGAGGUCAUAGAACUUGGUAAUGUUCUUUGCUGCGUAAAACCACUCAAUAAAAGGCCUUUAUUAGAGAGAGGGAGGGAAAAAGGCUUCAAACAAACUGUCUGUUGGUGAGGAGGUACAUUGCCCUGUGUUAUGGACCUUAGUUCUCCAAAAGUUGCUUGAGGAUUUUUUUUUAUAGUACACUAUAAAAAAGCAUGCCUUUAUUAAUCUUCUGAUCAUGAUCUACAUGGAAGUGGUAUUAACCCAGGCCAAUAUGUUUGGUUUAAACACCAACUUUUUAGUCCAGUAAAACUAUAAAGUGUCUGCCAUAAUGAACAAUUAGUUCCAUAAAUUUUAAUGCCUGGCCUCCUCCUUUUUGGGACUGGCUAGUCAUGCAGGGAUAAAGUCAGGAGGACAUGUGCUUCUGUCUUGCAGCAAUUGGUUUAUUUAUUGCCUUGAGCUUAGUAUGACAGUCUUGAAAAACUUAUUUUGGAAUAUGACCUUUUUUGUUGUUAUUUCCCUUAACUUAUUUUUCUGUUAAGAUAUUUGAAUUUUCUCCCAGCAAAUUGUUAGAUGCCUUUUAUUUAAAAAAGAAAAAAAAAGAAAAAAAAAAAGAGGCUUCUUAAGCUCAAUAGUACAUUCUGGGAGACGUCUUAUUUAAUUUUUUUUUUAAAUGCAUGAUUUGAUGCUAUUCUUUGCCAAAGUUUAGGUUUUUUUCUUGUUUUUGUAAUUCUUCCUGUUAGCUUGUAAUAAUACCUGAAAGGAAAUGGAGAGAGAUUGUAAGAAAUUACAAUGGCCUUCAGUGUAUCGUGUGUGUAUUUUCUACUUCUCCACUUCUGUGUGCCCCUUUUCACUCUAAUCCCAGAAGGGCCAGCAUGAGACUUCUGAUGCAAGUCAUGAGUACUGUAACUGAGUAGUGAAAAGGAUUUCCCACAAGGUUACAGUGAAGUAGGCAGAGCCAUCCAAGGACCUCUGCGUGAACACUUAAAGCAGAAGAUGCUUACAACUUUAAAACGUACAGCUUUAUUUUUUUUAUAUAUAUAUUUUUUUAAAUCCUAAGAUAGAGGAGGUGUUGGGAGAUGCUCCCUUUCAGGGAACAGGAUACAUGGAAGAAGUUGGAGUUGCUAAGCUCUGGCUUUCUUGAGGAAAUCUUUGGAUUUAGCGUGUAUAGCGAAGCAGAAAUACUCAUCUGUUAAUUUGGUAUUCUGUAUGUUCUGUGCCCUUAAAUGUAAUUGUUUUUAAAAUAAAACUAACCUUGUUAUGUGAUGUUAAAAAGCAGACUUGUGUGCAAUGUUUUAAGUUUUUUUUAAGAAAAUGUUUGUAUAUAAUUAAAUGGUUUAAUGUGCUUUAAUUGGCCUAAGGUAAAGAGUAGUCCUAGAAUGUCAACAUAUGUAAGUAGGAUUUCUGAUUUCACUGUGAGAUCUCUGAGCUCUCUUGUUUUGCAAAGUGGUUUGUUUUGUUGACAAAACACUUUCUAUAAUUUCUUUUACAGUGUUGGUUUAAAGGCAUUUGCUUCACUUCUGUUCUAAUAUUGAAUUCAUGGUAUAGUGACAUCUGGUGACACUUAGCAUUAUCUGCUGUGUAAAGUCAGACACUUUGAGCAAAAAUGGUAAUGAUAUGACAAUUCUCUGUGUCUAUGAAUACACGUUUUUAAAUGAGGUGGUUAUAAAAAUAGUUGCUGUGCAAAAUGUUAGUAGUCUUCUUCAAGAAGAAAGCAAAUUUUCUAAUAUCAGUAGAGCAGUCUCUUCAUUCAUCUUAUUUUUAAAGCACAGUGUCAAAGUGAUGCUGCUUUACCUUGUAUCUCUGAUAUAAUGUUUUUUUAGGUAUCUGUGAAGUAUUUUUGGUUUUUGUUGCUGUUGUAUUUUUCUGCAGAUUUUAUAUAAAAUACAAAUUAAUGAACUGCC